CACGAUGAACGAGGAGCAGUUUGUGAGCAUCGACCUGGACGAUGACAACGUCUGCAGCAUCUGCAAGCUGGGGACCGAGAAGGAAACGCUGUCGUUCUGCCACGUUUGUUUUGAGCUGAACAUCGAAGGAGUACCAAAGUCAGAUCUUCUACAUACAAGAUCUCUAAGGGGGCAUAGAGACUGCUUUGAAAAAUUCCACUUAAUAGCAAAUCAGGACUGUCCGCGAUCAAAGCUCUCUAAAAGUCCAUAUGCAGAAGUAAAAAAUAUCUUGAGCAAAAAAAUUAACUGGAUCAUCCAGUACGCACAAAACAAGGAUUUAGACUCUGAUCCUGAAAGCUCAAAAACAUCCCAACACCAGCUUUUUAACUUCAGACAGACUGAUAGAAAAUUGCUCCCACAGUUUGACUCCCCAGUACCUAAAUACUCUGCAAAAUGGAUAGAUGGGAAUUCUGGAGGCAUCUCGAGCUGCUCACAAACUCUUUUGGAACAAAGAGAAUCCACUGAUUUCAGACUUGGUGUGUUACAAGAAACAGGUGCUACCUUCUGUUGCAGCAGUGUUUUCUGGUCUAAUCACAACCAAGCCCAGAAAGCUGAAAAAGCUGAAGGUGGUUCACUCACCAGUGAUCAUAGAAGGCAUCCUCAGUACAGCAGGGAAGAACUGACUAUGAUGACUCCUGGAGAGUUAAAGCAACUUAAUGAAAAACUGCUCAAGCAAAUCCAGGAUGUGUUUGAAGAGCUGACGCAGCAAGUCCAAGAAAAGGAUUCUUUGGCCUCAGAGCUCAACGUCCGCAAUAUUGCUAUUGAGCAGCUGCUGAAGAACUACUCCAAACUGCCGUGUCUACAGAUGGGACGAGCAGGGAUGAAAUCAAAUGUCCCCAUAUAAAGGGGAUACAACUUCUAUCCCCUUAUAGAGCUAACUUUCCCUAAGAGCUUUGAUAACCAUUAAGUACAGCUGCACAGAUAUUUAGAAGCUUUUGGGGAAACUUGGGCAGCUUUCUCUUUGCAUUCGUAAUCCAUGAGAAGUCUUAUUCCACUUUGGUUUUAACUAAAAAGGCAAAUAUUUUAGAUAUUAAAAUCUACUGUAAGAACGAUAAUUCACACUUGGGGAUUUUUUUUUGCCCAUAACUAUGCAUGAGCCUUGAAAUGAAUUCUGUGUUUUGCUGAUAAUAAAAUUGUUUCUAACAAAGAAUGAUGUAAAGCCUGUAAACCUGCCUCCUUCAUACAGAGGAAAAAUAAAAAUUUGAGUUUUGAUCAGGUCUGAUCAUGUUACAUCCAAGAGAGCUUUAAGGGGAGAACAGUAUUAAUGAAACUCAUGUUUUCUUAUUUAUUAUGAGCAAUAUUUUAUUAUUGAAAUUUUAUACUAAAUAAAAUAUCACUAUUUUAGGUACUUUUCCAGAUCUCUUUAUAAAAUGUCUGAACUACUCAGUGUAAUGUUUAUGCCUUGUGUAUAAUUGUUUAUCCUUUUUCAGGUCUGUAUCUUCCAUGAUACAAUUUAAAAAAAAAAUCUUGUUUUUUAAAGAGAUGAAUUUCACAUGUUAAUGAAAAAAAUGUGGUGGUGCAUCACUUAUUUUUAUCAGUUUUAUAACUGAAGAAUUUGGUUCAUGAGAUGUUUAAAAAAAAAAAGGCACAGCACUUCCUUUAAAUUUGAAAAAAAAUCCAUACUUUGGUUUUAAUG